AUGACACCCACAAACUGAACGGAAACAUUAGCGAAGGGCCUUUGUGCAUGAGUGUAUAAGUUUCACAACAAACAUAAUCUUGUUGGUGAAAUAGCUACGACGAAGUGUUCUGCUUGUCUGACGAUUACGCUUUGAGAAUAUUGAAGUCAUGGAAAUGAAAGUGGUUUUGCUCCUUCUUGGGUUAGCAGUCUGCGUGUCAGCCGUGGAUGCCAAGAGACGCAGUCCACGGGAUUUGUCAGUGGAGUGGUUGUGGGCGAAAGAUGGCACUGCCCCAGAACAGGAAAAUGAGGUGACGGAAAAAGAAUUGUUGAGAAAUAGGACACCUAAAGCAACUUGCUCAAUUCACGGCAUCUGGUACAAUCAGCUUGGAUCCGAAGUCAUCAUCAACGCAACCACUCAGACCGGGGUUCUGAUUGGGGAAUUUCGCACAGGUGUCGAAUCGAAAGAGGGCGCUGCCGGCGUGUCUUCCUCUAAGCUCGUUGGACACACCUCUAUAAGCGCUGAGCAUGAUACCUUUGGCAUGACCGUCAUGUGGCAGAAUGGUCGCUCAGUCACCAGCUGGACCGGACAGUGUCAUAUCUGCAACGGCGAAGAGACCCUAAUGACCACGUGGAUAAUGACGUCAAAGGUGGAGACGUGCGAAGAGAACUGGAAGGCAAACAGAAUUGGGCAAGACAUCUUUAAAAGGUACGAGGUUCGAGACGGUCCCCGCCGGCAAGAGGACACCCACACCCCGAGAGACGUCACUCGUCAAAACGAGCAAGACGAAGAACAAAAAGAUGUUUAAGUUACUUGUAUUGUAGACAUGUUAGAUGGUCUGUCGCGAUGAUAGUAAAGUCGUGCAGGUGGCGUUAUGAUUUCGGUUUCCGCGAUCGAAUACUGAUACCCUCGUAUCGCGAGAUCACUGCCUCUCGUGCGAAGCUGCUGGUUGCUGACUUCUACUCCCCUAAGCCAGUGUCGCGGGAAUUGCGGAACGCUAUCACCGCGACAGACAUUUAACGACUUGUCCACAAGUCUACUCGUAAUGAUGUGCUGAUCGGAUCAAAGACUACAGAACAUUUUUUUUAAGAAAAGGAAAUCGAUGAAAACAGCUGUAAAACCCAAAAUGGCACAACCAUGAUUUAUAUAGGACAAUGACGUCAGUUGAAUUGGCUCAAGUUAUUUUUGGUUGUUUAUUUCAUACUACAAUACCGAUACACUGUAUACAUAUUCAUGUCUUCGUCCUUCGGAUGGGACGUUAAGCCGUUGGUUCUGUUUGCUCUGUUUGUGUUCUAAGGCACGUAGAACAACCCAGUGCACUUUAUCGAAAAGAUAAGGGGCUCGCCCCAGUAUUCCUGGUUUGAUUGGGAAAAUAGAAUUGUGCCACAGCACCUUGUAAACCAUGAUGCUACGUAAAAGGAGUAUGUCUCUUAAUUCAAAAACGUAUAGUCCCCCCAUACCUUGCAGGAAAAAACUGUUAAAGCGCCUUGAGUAUCACCGAGUGACGGAUUUGCACGCUAGAAGCCACUAUUAUUAAGUGUGCAUGAUUGCGUACAGCUCAGUUCAAAAUUUACAGUUUAAAUGACAAUGCAAACAUGUUCGUAGUCAUUCAAAAUGUUUAUUGAAAGUAUUAGUUUGUGAACGAAAAUGAAUGUAAUAAAACGAAACUCAAACUUAA